UCUCGGCCCGACGCAUCAUCUGUGCUGCCCGACGUCUCCCCGAUCUCCGCUCCUCUCGCACCCUUCUACUCACGACGGCGGCGGCGGCGGCGGAAGGCGGCGCGGUGGCAGGUCGGUGACUGGCGAGCGAUGGCGCCGCCGGGGUCGCGGCGUUGGGCGUACGUGCGUCUCAUGGCCGGGACCAUCCUCGGCGGCGUGCUUGGGUUCUACGUCAUGCACCGCAUCGAGACCUCCUACAAGGAGAGGAUGGAGGAGAGGCUGCGGAGGUACGAGGCGCACAUGCUCGCCAAGGCCCAGGAGGCGCAGCAGCUGCAGGACGAGGCGCAGCGGGAGGAUAAGGCCCAGCUCCUGCCCGAUUCGUGACGUCCUCCUCCUCUUGCGCGCGCUCGCUUCCCUGAAUUGUUAGAAUAACAUAGUGCACCAGGGCACAGGAAUCCACUCUCUUCAGAAGACAUAAGAUCGACAUGUACCUUUUGGUUUGCUGCGAUCCUUUCUGUUUACAAGAAAAGCACACUGCUGGAGUGUAAGGUUGAGGUCAUUUGUGUGGAAGUCAAAUAUGAAUAUGAUUCGAUGCCCAUCUGCACCUACUGCUAUAAAAAUGUUGAUCUCAUCAACAAUAUCUGUGCAAUGAAGGAAGGAUCGAACAAUUGAUGGUUUUGUCCUACCCAACAUUUUAUCAUGAUCCUUUUAUCCUGCCUGCAGUUCCAUGUACCUUUCUCUUUGAAAAAAAAAUCUCAGGCCAAAUUCUUUUGCUCCUUUUUGUAUGUCGCCAUCUGAAGCAACAAGUGGGUGUAAAAACAAAAUAUUUCAUCAAACUAACAUGGAUAGCAAUCUUCAAAUGUAUAAGCAAUAGCUUUGGUCCUGUAA